CGACUAGGCACGGACUAGAAUAUCAUCUAUGCCGUCGGCUAACAUCUCUGGACACAUCCAACGAGCCGAUUGAUACUUCCCACCCGCCGCCUCAGACCUGCCGCCUGUUAGAUCGCGACCAUGGCGGACUCCAAAGACGGGAUAUCCGCCGCGGACGCAGCCGCCCACCCCCAAGGGGCGGAGAAGGUCAUCGACGCCAGCGAUGCCGACAUCGCCCUCGCGGCCAUGGGCUACAAGCCGGUCUUCAAGCGCGAGUUCGGCCUGUGGUCCGCCUUCAGCUUCGCGCUGUCCAUCUCGGGGCUCUACGGCACCGUCAUGACCACGUACUCGUACCCGCUGUACGCCGGCGGCGCCGCGUCGGCCGUGUGGUGCUGGCUGAUAGCCGGCAUCGGCGCCAUGUGCCUGGCCCUCUCCAUCUCAGAGGUCGCCUCGGCCUAUCCGACUUCUGGGGCUAUGUACUUCACCAUCAAGUACCUCGCGCCUGAGAAGUGGGUGCCCGUCAUUGCGUGGAUCGAUGGCUGGUUAAACCUCAUCGGUCAGAUCUGCGGUAGCGCCUCGUCCAGCUAUGGUGCUUCUCAGAUGUUGCUGGCUGCCGUGGCCAUCGGCUCCGACUUCACCUACUCACCGACUCAGGGACAUAUCAUCGGGGUGAUGGCCGCUCUGUCUAUCUUCCACGCACUUGUAAACUGCCUGAACACCGCCUGGCUGUCCAAGAUUGCCAGCACGUACGCUGUCAUCCACAUAGCAGUCCUGUUCUCUUGCUGCGUUGCGCUCCUCGUUCUCCAGAAGGACAAGAACACCGCCAGCUAUGUCUUCACCGAGGUCACCCCUGACUCCGGGUGGAACCCACCCGGAUUCAGCUUCCUGUUCGGGUUCCUUUCAGUAGCAUGGGUCAUGACCGAUUACGAUGCCGCAGCGCACAUCGCCGAAGAAACAAGAAACCCAGCCGUAACCGUCCCGACAGCCAUCUCCUCGGCCCUGGGCUUCACCUACGUCGUCGGCUGGCUCUUCACCAUCGUCCUGGCCUUCUGCAUGGGGCCCCUGGACCUGGCCUCGGAGGACCCGUCCCGGAACAUCCUCGCCUCGGCCAUCGAGCAGCCCGUCGUGCAGAUCUACUACAACGUCAUGGGCAAGCGCGCGGCCAUCUUCUUCGCGGUCGCGGCCUUCGUCAUCAUGAACUUUGUGUGCAUCACCGCCCUGCAGGCGGGCAGCCGCACCAUCUGGGCCUUCUCCCGCGACGAGAUGCUGCCCGGCUCGCGCGUGUGGUACAGGAUCUGGGGGCGCACCGACACCCCCGUCCUCGCCGUGUGGCUGUACACGGUCAUCUGCAUCGCCAUCAACCUCAUCGGCCUGGGCAGCUACAUCACCAUCUCGGCCAUCUUCAACCUCUGCGCCAUCGCGCUGGACUGGUCGUACUGCAUCCCCAUCCUGUGCAAGCUCCUGUUCAACAAGUUCGAGCGCGGGCCCUGGCACCUCGGCCCCGCGAGCUUCUUUGUCAACGUCUGGGCCUGCUCGUGGACCGCCUUCGUGUCUGUCAUCUUCCUCUUCCCUACCGUGAGGCCCGUGGCUGCGGAUACUAUGAACUACGCCGUUGUGAUCUUGGCAUUUGUGCUUCUGUUCUCGUUGGUCUACUGGUACAUCGCGGGAAGGAAGUACUAUGUCGGCCCACGUACCGAGGCUCACGUUGUCGAUGGGAUGAUCAUCAAAGAUCCCAGCAAGUCAGAGCUCCGUGAUGGUGAGCAGCACGUGAACACCACGGAUGGCAUAGCUGUUAAAUAAUGUUCUCUGGGUCGGAUGGUCAGAGCAGAUUGGGCACCCUGGGGCACCCUGGGGCAGCCAGGUGCCAGAUCAGUCGGUCAGCAGAUAGCGGUUAUGCCCUCUGCUAGUCGGUUGUUACACCUAUUUUACUGUAAUUCUUAUAAAUCAGUACCCAUGUGUUUAA